AAAUAUUUCGAUUCUUAGGUUAUUAUCUAAGACAUUUUAUAUGAUGUCUUCGUUAUUUAUUUUAUUUAUUUUAGUCAAAAUUGUUGCUUUAUAUGAGAAAUGAGAUGGUUUCCAACAAACUAAACGCACAUUAAAGGCUGUUAAACGUUAAUGUAAAUAGUCUCGUAACCAUUUCCUAUGUGCAGUUUUAUGCAAGUACCUACGCCCUGUUACAGUGUAAUAAAUAUUUCCAAGUAACACAUCAGACAUCAGAUAUAUUAUCGCAGCCGAUAAUUGAAUGGUAUAAGUGGUAAAGAGAUGGCUACUUUACUAAAACUAUCAUUUCAGAAAGAAUUGCAUAAAAAAUACCUCAAUAGAUUCCUAAAUGGUCGCAUGCCUUCUUUUUUAGCAAACAUGGACUCAAAUAGAUCAAUUGUUUUGUAUUUUUGUGUGUCUGGAUUAGAUAUACUAGGUGACAUAGAUGAUAUACCCGAAGAACGUAAAAACCAAAUGAUAGAUUGGUUAUAUAGCUUACAAGUGGAGGAUGAUGAGCCAGUCAGUGGAUUUCAGGGUUCCACCACCAUAAACACCCGGGAGUAUAGAGGAAAGCACCAAGCUUACCAAUGGGGUCAUAUAGCAACAACUUACUCCUGCUUGUUAUCUUUAUUAAUAUUAGGCGAUGACCUAAAGAGGGUCAACACGAAGGAAAUUAUAAAAAGUUUAAGGGCUUUACAAUUGGAUGACGGUUCAUACAAAGGGGCCAUAGACGGUGCAGAAAGUGAUAUGCGAUUUGUAUUUUGCGCUGCUGCGAUAUCAUACAUUUUGAAUAACUGGAGCGGAAUUGAUAUUGAAAAAAUGCUUGACUUUAUAUUGAAAAGCAUAUCAUAUGAUGGAGGAAUAGGUCAAGGACCAGAUUUAGAAAGUCACUGUGGAUCAACAUUUUGCGCCAUCGCUGCCUUAGCACUAAGCAAUAAUCUUCACAUAUUAUCACAAGAACAAUUUAAGAACUUAAGAAGAUGGCUUUUGUCAAGAUUGGAAAUAGGUUUCAAUGGUAGACCAAAUAAACCGACAGACACUUGCUACUCGUUUUGGACUGGAGGAGCUCUGAAACUUCUGAAUGCAUAUCAGUUUAUAGAAUCAGACGAUAAUCCUAACUUUGUUUUAAUGACACAAGACAAAUAUGGUGGUUUUUCAAAAUGGGUAAAUUCGGCAUCAGAUCCAAUGCACACGUAUUUUGGCUUAGCCGGAUUAAGUUUAAUGAAUUACGGUGAUUUAAACGAAAUGUUUCCAGCAUUAAACUGCACAAGUCGGAUUCAUAGUCGUAUUAAAAAAUUACACCUUCAAUGGGAGUGAAUCGAUUCAAGUAAAUAUUCUAAAUAUUUUUAAAAUUUUAUACAAAUAAUUUAUUUUUAUUUGAAAUAUAUACUUGUUUUUGGGUGUCUGUACUGUGGAAAUUAAAUACAUUACUAGCAAAUAA